UUGGUCCUCCCUGACCGAAACCCGGCAUCAGGUUUUCCAGCUGGUGACUAGUGGAGUUGCCUCCAUCCGGGCCCCCGCCUUCCCGGCAGCGGCGGCAGGGAGACCAGGGCUGCAGACCGGGCCUCUAGCCGGCUUUCCCGCUCGCAGCUCCCGAGCCGGCCCCUUUCCGGAAUCCUAUGUGAGACCCAGAGGGGCCCGCCGCACCACCUGCACCGCGGGUUCUAGGGAAAGGCGCCUCCGGCACUGGGAGGCCUGGUCCUGGGAAAGGCCAGGGGCAGGUGGUGCGCGGUGAACCCCGAGUCAGGGUCCGAGAGGAGAUAACUGCGGGGUGGGAUGGUGGCCCGGGUUAUACCACAUAGCUACCCAAUUCGAAUCGAAGUUUCUAGAGAUUGCUGAUGCCUUGUAAAUUUGGGGAGCGAUUCUAGACUGGGCUGUGCUCCCACUGUGUGGGUCAUGACUUGCUUCACAGCUCCGAGGUUACACAGACUUACUUAAAGGAAGUGACCUUUGACUUGAGCAUCACUUGGCUGAUGGUAUCUUUUGCAGAAAGAAGUGCCCUGAUUACAUGACUACUGUGCCCACACGGGGUCUGAGUCACCCCGUGAACUCACCAGUCUUCUGUAUUCAGCAGAGGGAGGUCAUGAACUUGCCCAAGAGAGAUGGCCCUUUGAGAAACACUGGAGAUUGCUAGCUGGGCUCUAGCAAAGUAACAGCCUGGUUGUGGCCAGUGGAUAAUUUUCGAUUCCGACUGUUCCCAUCCCUCACCUGUGAUGCAAAGCAAGGGGACACAACACGAGUGGCAAGCCACCGUGUCACCCAAUUUGGAUCCUGGCUUCCCUCAAAAGACUCUUAUGGCUAUUGCUUGAUUACCUUCUGGAGUAGCCAACUACAUAUAGAUAUAUAGAUAAAAGACUAUUGGUUUUGGCCUGAUUUUUUGCAGCCACCUUUAUAUAUAUGGAUUUUCCUUACCAAGGAUGAUGACUUUAAGUGUUAGUAAAAGUAUUUUUACAGCUCUCCUAACUAUUCUUCUCUGUAACAUUUCAUUUCUCAAAAUUAUUAAUUUUGAAAGGAUUUUAAGCUAAACAAUUCAGCAUGGACCUUGUCCUUUCUUUUCUUUCUAAUGAGACUAGCAAUGAGACUAAAUGUAAUUAAUGGUCUGUGAUAGUUGAAUUUUCACAAUCUGGUAAAAAUCUCCCCAUCCCCAUAAUCCAACCAGAUUUUGCUCUAGGGCUCAGUUCGGUUUUAGGAAAUGCUUCUAUUUUCAACGUAACGAUGAAAUGUUUGAGAUAUCCCUGGAGCAUUUGGAUAAUGUGAUAGUUGGGAUGCAGUGAUGUCGAAUCUCUGUCCACCACCAUCUCCAGCUGUUGCCAAGACAGAGAUUGCUCUAAGUGGUGAAUCACCUCUAUUAGCAGCUACCUUUGCUUACUGGGACAAUAUUCUUGGUCCUAGAGUAAGACACAUUUGGGCUCCUAAGACAGAACAGCUACUUCUCAGCGAUGGAGAAAUAACUUUUCUUGCCAACCACACCUUAAAUGGAGAAAUCCUUCGAAACGCAGAGAGUGGGGCUAUAGAUGUGAAGUUUUUUGUCCUUUCUGAAAAAGGAGUCAUUAUUGUUUCAUUGAUCUUUGAUGGAAACUGGAAUGGAGAUAGGAGCACAUAUGGUCUAUCAAUUAUACUUCCACAGACCGAACUUAGCUUCUACCUCCCGCUUCACAGAGUGUGUGUUGAUAGACUAACACAUAUUAUCAGAAAAGGAAGGAUAUGGAUGCACAAGGAAAGGCAAGAAAAUGUCCAGAAAAUAGUCUUAGAAGGCACAGAAAGAAUGGAAGAUCAGGGUCAGAGUAUUAUUCCAAUGCUUACUGGUGAAGUAAUUCCUGUAAUGGAGCUGCUUUCAUCCAUGAAAUCACACAGUGUUCCUGAAGAAAUAGAUAUAGCUGAUACAGUUCUCAAUGAUGAUGACAUUGGUGACAGUUGUCAUGAAGGCUUCCUUCUCAAUGCCAUUAGCUCACACCUGCAGACCUGUGGCUGUUCAGUCGUAGUAGGUAGCAGUGCAGAAAAAGUAAAUAAGAUAGUGAGAACAUUAUGCCUUUUUCUGACUCCAGCAGAGAGAAAAUGUUCCAGAUUAUGUGAAGCAGAAUCAUCAUUUAAAUACGAGUCAGGGCUCUUUGUACAAGGCCUGCUAAAGGAUUCAACCGGAAGCUUUGUGCUCCCGUUCCGGCAAGUCAUGUACGCUCCCUAUCCCACCACACACAUAGAUGUGGACGUCAACACUGUCAAGCAGAUGCCACCAUGUCACGAGCAUAUUUACAAUCAGCGCAGAUACAUGAGAUCUGAGCUGACAGCAUUCUGGAGAGCCACGUCAGAAGAAGACAUGGCUCAGGAUACAAUCAUCUAUACAGACGAAAGCUUCACUCCUGAUUUGAAUAUUUUUCAAGAUGUCUUACACAGAGACACUCUAGUAAAAGCCUUCCUGGAUCAGGUCUUUCAUUUGAAGCCUGGUUUAUCUCUCAGGAGUACUUUCCUGGCACAGUUUCUACUCGUCCUUCACAGAAAAGCCUUGACGCUAAUAAAGUAUAUAGAAGAUGAUACGCAGAAGGGGAAAAAGCCCUUUAAGUCUCUUCGGAACCUGAAGAUAGACCUUGAUUUAACAGCAGAGGGCGACCUUAACAUAAUAAUGGCUCUAGCUGAGAAAAUUAAACCAGGCCUCCACUCAUUUAUCUUUGGAAGACCUUUCUAUACUAGUGUACAAGAACGAGAUGUUCUAAUGACUUUUUAAAUGUGUAACUUAUUAAAUAUAUUUUGUCACCGUGAUGAUUGCCGCUGAAGUAGCUCAGUGGUGUGGGAAACAUCAUUCCCUUGGGUCAUGUCCCAGACUCCUACUUGGCAAUGCAGUUAAAGUUAGUUACACUACACUUGUCACAAGUCUGUCAAGGGAUGUCCGGUGCAUUGUUACAAUGGAUGCAUCUUUUCCUAGGUGUGCUGUCUUGAGAUACAGACUUAUGUUUACAGUUAGAGUAAAUGUUCCUGCUAUCUUUUAAAGAUACAAUAAUAAGAUAUGAACUUGACCACAACUACUGUUUUUGAAAUUUACAAUUCAUGGUUUACAUGUAUCAAAGUGAAAUCUGAGUUACUUUUCACAGAUAUAAUACUAGUUGACUUUUCAUCUCUUGGUAUUCCUUGGUAUGUAAGAUUACUGUAAUACUUUUAUAAUCAGCUGAAAGUUAGAGCAUCUGAAUCAUUUCAGUUCCACAAAAGGAACUUAGUUGGAACAUAGGUUAAGUAUUAGAAAGAAUGUAUUGAUCAAGCAGAUGUUUAAUUCAAAUUAAUUAUUAGAUCCUCCUUUGUAGACUGGGUAGUCCUUAGGGUUCAGUCUGUGUAGAAAUAUCACGCAGUAUGUAUAGUCCGGAUUAUGGUAAACCAGGCAGGGUAUUUGUGUGUGUGUGUGUGUGUGUGUGUGUGUGUGUGUGUGUUGAGCUCUGUCAAAGACAAUAGAGGAAAUUGGAUUUUAUGUUUUAGUAGUUAUUGCAAACUAUUUAAAUUAAUUUUUAUUAUUUUUGAGCCAAAUUGAAAUGUGUACCUCCUGUGCCUUUUUUUUUUCUUGGAAAAUAUAAUUACUUGGAAGAAGUUCAGAUUACACUAGUCAGCCAUUUUUAUCUUGUUUUCCUCCUGCGUAGUCUUACCCUCAUUUGGCAGUUGUAACUCCAAGAUUAUGAAAUGUAAUGGAGAAUAUACUAACUAGUAAGAUCCUUUUACAGGAACAGAGAACAAUAUCUUGUCCUUUUCCUUCUCAAAUUUCUUCCCUUACUUUUGAGGUUAUUGCCAGGUCUAUUUGCCUCUGCAUCAUGUGAGGAAAACAGGAGAAACUUUAUUGAUGUGCUAUUUUACUAGGUGCUACUUUGGCGGAACUAAGUGGUCAAUUUCUUUUGUUUCCUUAAUGUCUUUGGACCAUUGUGCUAGCUGUAAACUGAUUAAUAUAAUUCUUUGCUAGAACCGUUUUGACAUAAUAGUAUAUACAAGCAUAAAAAUUAUUUUUAUUUAAAACUGUGGAAGUUACACAAAAGGGAAAAGUAUUUAUAAGAAAGGGAUAAAAGUGACAGAGCCCCUCUGCCAUUGCUCACCAAAUGGAACCAAAACUAACAUGUUAUGUUCUGAAAGGUCCUAAUUACCUUUCACAUCACUAAUAAGAAGAGUGUAGACAUCUUGAUUUUUAGACACAAACCGAAUGAGAUGACUGGUGCUCUGUGGUGCACUCAUGAAAGAAUUUACAGAUACCACCUUAUUGUACCCCUUACUCAGUGCUUCUUAUGUGAUUGAUUAUUAAAGAGUGCUGACCGAUUAUUUUCUUUUGCUGGUUUAUUGUACUGUUACAUGGAAUGCAAGUUGUACAGUGAACUAAGUUAUUAAAGCAUGUGUAAACAUUGUUAUAUAUCUUUUCUCCUAGGUGGAGAAUUUUGAAUAAACUGUCUUUGAAA